AUGACUAAACUUGUGGGUUUAGGGUUUGAUGGAUGCUCUACUGUGGCAGGGAAAGAAAAUGGAGUCCAAGCAAUAAUAAAAAGAAAAUAUGAAAGUGUAAGCUUCUUCCAUUGUGCCUCUCAUAAGUUGAAUUUGGUAGUUAAUGAUUUGAAUUCUUUACCUGAAAUUCGCAACACCACCAGUACAGUAAAAGAAAUAAUCAAUUUUUUUCGUGAAAGCAUCCUUCGGCGUAGACUUUUUCCAAACAUUCCUCUGUUAUGCGAAACACGAUGGUCAGAAAAAUAUAAAUCAAAACUUUUAUUUUAUGAAAAUUUCAUAGCAAUAAAAACAGCUCUUGAUGAAUUAGCAGUAAAUAAGGAUGGUAAUUCAUCUAGUCGAUCACGAACAUUUCAGCUAUCAUGUGCUGCAUCAAAAGACACAUUUGUUGUAUGUUUGAUUAUAAUUUCAACAUAUUCAUCGAUUUUAGAGCCAGUUGUCAAUAAAUUCGUUAAAACUAAUUUGUAUACUGUGCAUCAAUACAUCAAGACUAGUUUACUGUCAAUUCUUAGGAUGCAUAGAACUCAAUGUGAUAGAUAUUUCAAAAAUAUUUUUGAAACUAUUAAAAAGACUACCAUUGAUCUUGACAUUGAAAUUAAAAUUCCAAGACUAUCAAACAAACAAACAAAUCGCUCAAAUCAUAACGUUACCACACUUGAACAAUACUAUAGAGUUUCAUUAUUUUUACCAUAUUUAGAUUCUUUAAUUAAUUCUUUAGAAUCUCGAUUCACGCAAUCCAAUGAAAUUCCAUUUAAAAUAAGUAAUUUACAUCCAUCAGAAGUAAUAAAAUUAAGCAAAAGUGAUUUCAUAUGUACUCUAAAAAACAUAAACGAUUUAUACAACAUUGAUAAUCUUAUAGAAGAAGGUAAUACAUGGUAUGAUUACUGGAAUAUUACUGAAAAUUCAACUAAAUUUAAUGAAGAGUGUAAUAUUUCUUACUAUCUUAAGGAUUGUCAAUUUUUUCCAUCUGUUAAAAAAUGUAUCAUGAUUUAUAUGACCAUACCUCCGACCACAUGUACGAUCGAAAGAUCAUUUAGUACUCUUCGCUGUGUAAAAACGUGGUUAGCGAUACGGAGCAGCGACUAUCAGAAAAUUGAUGAUUUAAAUUUAAUUCAAGGUGUAGUGGACGAAUUUUCAAAAAACAAAAGGAAUUUACAGUUUUUGUUUUAA